CUAGUGUCCUCUUCAGUCCCCAAUCACACAGAUUCUCUCUCUUCACUUUUUCUCUGUGUCCGUUGGAACCAAACAGUUCUCUUUCUCUCUCCUUUCUCUGUCAAAAAAACAAACACAACCGCACACUUGCAUUCCCUUUACUUCUUCACACUCUUCACAAUCUCACACACACACACACACACACUUCUCCUUUCACCGUAACAUGACCACACUCUUCACAAUCUCACACCACCAUUUUCUGUUAUGAAUCCUCCCACUCAACCCACACUACCACCCCAAACUCAAAUCCAACCACAACCACCACCGCCACAACCAAACCAACAACAACAACCACCUCCACCGCUGCACCAACUUCAACCCAACCGUCCCUCCACUUCCUGCCCCCAACAUCCACAAGAGAAUUUCACCGGCUUCUGCCCUUCAUGCCUCUGCGAACGCCUCGCCGGUCUCGAUCCAAACAACAACGCUUCCUCCUCAUCCUCCACCCGCAAACCCCCAACUUCCUCCACCGCCGCCGCUGCCCUUAAAGCUAUUUUCCGUUCCUCUACUUCCCAACGCAACAACAACAACAACAGCAACCGUCCUCCUACUACCUCAUUCUUCCCUGAACUCCGCCGCACUAAAUCAUUCUCCGCCUCCAAAAACGAAGGCUUCUCCGGCACAUUCGAGCCGCAACGAAAAUCCUGCGACGUUAGAGGUCGUAGCACUCUCUACAAUCUCUUCAACCAAGACGACGUUCGCAAAAUCCCUAAACCUGAACCGCCACGUGUCCCUGAGCUUGAAACCAGAAACCUAGCUUCAUCUUCCACUGUUCAACAACCUUUCAUCGAGUCUGAAGAAGACGAAGAAGAUAACAUUGUCGUUGAAGAUUCAGACGAAGACGAAAUUAGGGUUUUAGAACAACCACAACCACAACCACUAGGAGAACUAUCCAAUGUGAUUGAAGAAACGUUUCACGAAAUUAUAGAAGAAGAAGAAGAACCCGAACCUAAACCCGAACCCGAACCAGAGUUAGUUUUUGUUGAAGAAGAAUCGUUGAAACCGAUGAAGGAGCACAUGGAUCUAGAUUCACAAGCGAAGAAAAGUUCCGGUCGAGAUUUAAAGGAAAUCGCCGGAAGUUUCUGGUCGGCAGCUUCCGUUUUCAGCAAGAAGCUUCAGAAAUGGAGGCAGAAGCAGAAAGCGAAGAAGCGAGGUCCACGAAACGGCGCCGUUUCGGGUUCCUCAGCUCUUUUACCGGUGGAGAAACCAAUCGGUCGUCAAUUUCGGGAAACUCAGUCGGAGAUCGCCGACUACGGCUUUGGCCGUCGUUCCUGCGACACCGAUCCGCGUUUUUCCCUGGACGCAGCUCGAAUGUCGUUCGACGAUCCUCGUUACUCCUUUGACGAGCCGCGAGCUUCUUGGGACGGUUACCUCAUUGGAAGGACAUUUCCGAGAAUGCCCUUACCUACUAUGCUUUCAGUUGUUGAAGAUGCUCCUGUUCAUGUUCUUAGAACUGAUUCACUUAUACCAGUUGAGGAGCCACCUUUGAUUAAUGAGAAUGGUGAAGAGAAUGUUAAUAUGCCUGGUAAUUCUACUCAGACUAAAGAGUAUUACUCUGAUUCUUCAACCAGGAGAAGGAAAAGCCUUGAUAGAUCUAGUUCUAUUAGGAAAACUGCUGCUGCUGUUGUUGCCGAAAUGGAUGAGUUGAAACCUGUUUCUAAUGCUAAGGUUACUCCUGCUUCUGCUAGUGUUAGUGUUAAUGUUAAUGGUAAUGUUAAUGCUGGUGUUGAUUAUUUAUUACAUGGACAAAAAGUGGAUAGGGAUUUGAGGGAUUAUUCAAAUUCUAAUUCCAAUUCUAAUAAUUCCUUGAGGGAUGAUUGUUCUGAGAGCUUUGAAUUGGGGUUUAGAGAUAAUGCUUCUGUUGUUGGGAGUAAUAAUAUUGGUGAUCGUAAAGGAGGAUCGAAGAAGAGUUCAAGUAGAUGGAGCAAGGCUUGGAGUAUUUGGGGUUUUAUACAUCGUCGUGGUGGAGGGAAUAAUAACAAAGAGGAGGAGGAUGAUAGGUAUAGUAGUAGAGGUGCUAAUGGUAAUGGGGUUGAGCGUUCUUACUCGGAGUCGUGGCAGGAGUUUAGAGGGGAAAGGAAUGGAGAUGUUAGAGGUGGUGUUGAGGGUGGUUUCAAUAGGAAGAUAUUGAGGAGCAAUAGUAGUGUGAGUUGGAGGAAUGCGCCGGGCAUGGGAAUAGGAGGAGGAGGCGGAGGAGGAAUUUUUAGUGGGAGGAAGAGUGACGUUUCAUGUAGUAAUGGUUAUCUUGGAAGAAAGGGAAGGGAUGAGUUUGUGUUGGAGAGGAACAGGAGUGCUAGAUACUCUCCUAGUAACAUUGAUAAUGGUCUCUUGAAGCUCUACUUAACGCCUAGCGGCCGCAAAAACGGUGCCUCGAAAGGAAGGUCCAACCAGGCACAUUCUAUUGCUAGAAGUGUACUUAGGUUGUAUUGAAAGAAAGAAAAAAAACAAAAAUUGAAGUUCCAUAAGGUGUUCUUUGGUUUGAUGUUGUUAACAUUUGCUGCAUUUCUUGUGUAAAACUCACACAUGGCUAUGUAUUCUUCAUGGUUGGUUGGUUGGAUAAAAACACCCUGCAUUUUUCUUUUACAGUUAUUAGCUACUCUGCCUCUUAGAUUUGAUUAGAUUAGAUUACUAUUGAUAACAAUAAUUUGCUGCGUCUCUUUAUUGCGUUUACACUAAGUCACUGACCAUUUAUGCUGAUCAUGUUGCUUGAGAGGAUUUGUGAGAUUAGUCUCUACACUUGCGAGGAAUAUCCAAUUUGUACAAAAAAUAUGUAUAUGUUGAUUAUGUUAAUGGGGUGAGUCUUUUCCUUUUGGUUC